UAUCUGUGUAGGUCUUUGGUCUCUCUCCUUAUAAAUUCAAAUUUGUUAUGCAAACUGGAAACAGAUGAAAUAGUCACCUUUAAGAAGGCGCUGCAAGAUGACAGAUAUGCAAAUAAGAGAAGUGAAGACUGCACACAUAAGUGACCCUCCUAUCUGGCUUGUCCUGCACUGGACUUUUAUUCUCCUUGCUUAAUCAAUGCUGCACACACUAUUUAAAAUGUGAUAAUGUGGGUUUGGUAACAUAGGACUUUUCUUACUUCUUUAGAUGCAUAAUUGGAAAUAAGCAUUACCUCGGUAGAUGCUUAAUCAAAAAUAUGCUGGAAACUCAAUUUACUUCUCAUUAGUAACCAAAUUUGUCAGUUCAGUAGUCAUUAUGGACUUCCCAUCUUUUUUGUAUUAAGCAUAUUAGUAUUUUGAAUAUUCUGACUAAAAAAAGAUAUUAGUAUUUUGAAUAUAGCAAAUAAGAAAGCAAGCAACUUAAUCAACCUUUGGAUAAAGAUAUGGUGCCUCAGCUAUAAUUCGAAAUCCCAAUUCCAAUAUUGAGAGGUUUCGGAAGAUGACUCAUUCUGUAACAUGUAUAUGUUGGUGAGCUAAUGAGCAUAGCAGACAAUUGAGUAUGAACUAGGAAACCUUCUCAAAUUAGGAAAUCAACUAGAACUAGGAAAUCUACUCAAAUUAGGAAACCUACUUAAACUAAGAAAUAUACUCGAAUUAGGAAACCGACUUAAAUUGAGAAACUACUUAAACAAGGAAACAUUCCUCCAGCCUUGACCCAGCCGAUUUGGCCUUGGUUCUUUAACUUCUAAAAACUAGGCUUGAGUUGGGGUUAUGAGUUGUUUGCCUUCAAUGGAAUUUCCUAGCUUUGAUGCUCCCGUGUCAUGGGUGCAACUUCAAAUCAAGCUUUAAAUAAAGAUAUGGUGUCACAGCUGUAAUUCCAAUUUUGAUUUCCAAAAUUGGGAGAUUUUAGAAGAUGACUCACGCUGUAACAUGUAUAUGUUGGUAAUCUAAUAAAUGCAGUAGACAAAUUGAGUAAUCUAACAUCUCCAAUAAAGCAAGUAAUGGCUUUUUGGGUAAAUAUUCAUUAGAUAGUUUUCCCAAAGUUUUUGAAACAUAUUCUUGCUUGACGGAAAUUAUAUAUUAAGGAAGCAGCCUUCGUGAGUAUGCGAUAUAUUCAAUUUGAGAGAUAAACAAUACACAGAGGGCAUGGAGACUAGGGUUUUGAUGGUUGUAUGCAUACUCUUAGGCCUUGUGUCUGAAGGUGUAGCAGCACCAGGGAAUGCAACUUUCUAUGUACCUCAUAAGCCUUCGGAUUGCCAUGGAGUGAAGGAACCAGGGCCGAUGGUUGUCGCAGCUAGCAACCCCAUCUGGAAUAAUGGGGCCAUAUGUGGGAAAAAGUUCAAGGUGACAUGCAUAGGCCCUCCGAGUACUGGUAAGAAAUUCCCUUGCAAGGGCUCGGUGAUCGUGACUGUCGUGGAUCGAUGCGCUUCGCCACAAUGCCACACCACUUUCAAGCUCUCAAGGCCGGCCUUUGACAAGAUCGUUGACCCUACGCUGGUUAUGAUCGCGAUUGAUUAUGAACCGGCUUAAAGGCAAGUUGGGAUUUAUUCUUUUGCGUGGGAAGGAUGAUGGACUGAUGGCAACUUAAUUCCUUUGGACAAUAAGAUUGAGAUGUUUUCGUUUCUUUGCU